CUCUUUCACCAUGCCUGGGUCCCUCCCUUUGAAUGCAGAAGCCUGUUGGCCAAAAGAUGUGGGAAUUGUUGCCCUGGAGAUCUAUUUUCCUUCUCAGUAUGUUGAUCAAGUAGAGUUGGAAAAGUAUGAUGGUGUUGAUGCUGGAAAGUAUACCAUUGGCUUAGGCCAAGCCAAAAUGGGUUUCUGUACAGAUCGAGAGGAUAUCAACUCAUUGUGCUUGACUGUAGUGCAGAAUCUUAUGGAGAGAAACAAUCUUUCCUAUGAUUGCAUUGGAAGGCUAGAAGUUGGAACAGAGACAAUCAUCGAUAAGUCCAAGUCAGUGAAGACAAAUUUAAUGCAACUAUUUGAAGAAUCAGGAAAUACAGAUAUAGAAGGAAUCGAUACAACCAACGCAUGCUAUGGAGGCACUGCUGCAGUUUUCAACGCUGUUAACUGGAUAGAAUCUAGUUCCUGGGAUGGACGUUAUGCUCUGGUGGUUGCAGGAGAUAUUGCUGUAUAUGCCACAGGAAAUGCUAGACCAACAGGAGGAGCUGGAGCUGUGGCUAUGUUAAUUGGCCCAAAUGCACCUUUAAUUUUAGAGCGAGGACUUCGUGGGACACACAUGCAACAUGCUUAUGACUUUUACAAGCCUGAUAUGCUAUCUGAAUAUCCCGUAGUUGAUGGUAAACUCUCUAUACAGUGCUAUCUCAGUGCAUUAGAUCGCUGUUAUGCUGUCUACCGAAACAAGAUUCGUGCCAAAUGGCAGAAAGAGGGAAAUGAUAGAGAUUUUACCUUGAAUGACUUUGGCUUCAUGAUUUUUCAUUCACCAUACUGUAAACUGGUUCAGAAGUCUCUAGCUCGGUUGUUGCUGAAUGACUUCCUCAGUGACCAAAACAGAGACAAAAGUAGCAUAUAUAAUGGCCUGGAGGCCUUUGGGGAUGUUAAACUAGAAGAUACCUACUUUGAUAGAGAUGUGGAAAAGGCAUUUAUGAAGGCCAGUGCUGAACUCUUUAAUCAGAAAACCAAAGCAUCUUUGCUUGUUUCCAAUCAGAACGGAAAUAUGUAUACACCUUCAGUGUAUGGCUCCCUUGCCUCUGUCCUAGCACAGUUCACACCUCAGCAAUUGGCAGGUCAAAGGAUUGGAGUCUUUUCCUAUGGGUCAGGUUUUGCUGCUACAUUAUAUUCCCUUAAAGUUACACAAGAUGCCACACCUGGAUCUGCCCUGGAUAAAAUAACAAUGAGUUUAUGUGAUCUGAAAACGAGGCUUGACUCGAGAACCUGUGUUGCACCAGAUGUCUUUGCUGAAAAUAUGAAGCUCCGAGAAGAAACUCAUCACUUGGUUAACUACAUUCCCCAAGGGUCAGUGGAUGCUCUCUUUGAAGGAAGUUGGUACUUGGUUAGAGUAGAUGAAAAGCACCGAAGGACUUAUGCUCGUCGUCCUUCUCCAAAUGAUGGCACUCUUGAUGCAGGGGCUGGACUUGUACAUUCAAACACAGCAGCUGAGCAUAUCCCAAGCCCUGCCAAGAAAGUGCCACGACUCCCUGCAACAACAGCAGAACCUGAAGCAGCUACCAUUAGUAAUGGGGACCACUGAGAUACCUCUGUGAGGUGGAAGACUUCAUCAUGGGGAGGGGGAGGGACAAUAUGGGGAAGGGAAGAAUUGGGACAUCUGGGAAAAACUUAAAGGGAUUACAUAUUGCCUAAAUUUUGAUGUGUCUUAAUUGGA